UCAAUUCUCAGUUCUAAAUUAUCAGUUCUCAAUUCUCGUUUUUCAGUUGUCAGUUCUCCUUGUCCAUGCACACAGCUCCUGCCUGGCUCUGUGUUCACAAUUCCGUGAAUGCGUCUCCUUUAACCACAAAUGGAGGUAUGAGGCCAAUAGUUUAGUGCCUAACUGCAGAUACUGCAUGAUCCUACCUGCCUAAAUGAAAUGCUGCAAUGCUUUGGUAAUACAGCAGACACACUCCAAUAGGGGUUUAUGCAGACACGGUGUUUAUUAAGUUGCGUGUCUAGGGGCUGGUUUAAAAACACAGAGCCUAGCCCUGAGCUUGAGGUCUCGUCACUCUCUCAGUGUAAUACAUUCUCCAGUGUCCAAUCUCAUGGGGCUUUGUGAUGUCACAGGGGGCCGGCACACAGGCUCUAUAAAGCUGGGAGCUGCUGUGAAAUUUCUCAAUGAAGCUGUGUGAGUGAGUGAGUGACAGACUGGUGUACAACUCAGUGCACCCCAGACACCCCUUCACAGGGCAAUUGGAGACAGGCAUCAUCACUGAGCUGCACUGGACUCUUUACUAGAGAUAUAGAGAAAUAUAUAUAUAUAUAUAUUUUUUUUUUUUCAGUACAAUUUUGCAUAUAUAUUUUUUAAUGUUUUUGAGAACUAUGGAGUGUGCAAGCCUGCUGGUUUCGAUAACCCUGACCUGUGCUAUACUGCUGGUGGAGAGCAGCUGCCCGCUGGCGUGCUCCUGCCCCCCCUCGCCUCCCUCCUGCCCCCCGGGUGUCAGCCUGGUCAUGGACUCGUGUGGCUGCUGCAGGGUGUGCGCCCGGCAGUUCAAUCAGGACUGCAGUGUGACCCAGCCCUGCGACCACAUCAAGGGGCUUCACUGUGACUUCGGAGCGGGGAGCGGAGCUCACAGGGGGCUCUGCAGAGCGAAGGCAGACGGCCGUCCCUGCGAGUUUAAUGGCCGGGUCUACCAGCACGGCGAGGACUUCCAGCCCAACUGCAAGCACCAGUGCAGCUGCAUGGACGGGGUGGUGGGCUGCAUGCCCCUGUGCCCCCAGGAGGUGCCGCUGCCGGUCUGGGACUGCCCCAACCCACGGCUGGUCAAGGCGCCGGGUCGCUGCUGUGAAGAGUGGCUCUGUGACGACAGCAAUCACAUUCGCGAGGACUCCGGGGACAGCCAGGGGUCGCCAGAGCCAGAACCGCUCACCAGCAACGAGCUGCUGGCAGCCCCGCAGGGCAACACAGUGCCAGCAUACCCGGACUGGAAAUCACCUCCCCAGUCCAGCAUGCCGGUCAUCACCAGUUGCCUGGUCCAGACCACUGAUUGGUCGGACUGCUCCAAAACGUGCGGGAUGGGAAUCUCGAGCCGUGUCACCAACACCAACCCAUCGUGCCGCCUGACCCGAGAAACGCGCCUGUGCCAGAUCAGAGCCUGUGAGUUCACGUCCACCCCCAACCUCAAGAAGGGUAAGAAGUGCCAGAAGACGGUUCGUCCGCGGGAACCCGUGCAGAUCUCCUUCGCGGGCUGCGCCACGUCUCGCCGGUACCGGCCGCGCUCCUGUGGCUCCUGCUCUGACGGGCGAUGCUGCUCCCCCUCCCUGACCCGCACGGCGAGUCUGCGCUUCCACUGCCCCGACGGAGAGAGCUUCACGCGCAGCGUCAUGGUGAUCCAGCGCUGCCGCUGCCGACCCGACUGUGACCGUGACAGCCAGGCUGGCUCCCUGCCUUCCUUCAGCCUCCACAACGACAUCCACACCUUCACCCAGUGAGGCAGGGGCUCUGCGUCCGAAGCCUUCCUUCGGUUAUAAUCAACCGCUCCCAUCCCUCCUCCAGUCCUGCAGAGUUCACGUACCCGGGACCGGGCACAUUGUCUUCAUCACGGAAGACUAAUGCAUGACUUUCUUUCAAAGAAGAAGCUACCCUUUUUUAAAAGAGGACUUUAUUUUACAAGGGCUGGUCUUUGCCCUAACAGCUUUCCAGGAGAGAAGUGGCGCCUCCCCCCCAAAGAAAAUAAUGGGGCUAAUCUCUCUUGAUCUUAAAGUCCCAGCCACUCAUCUGUCGGGGAAGUACUUGACAUUUCCAUUCAGAAGUGAAUCCCCAACCUGCAAAACUAUCCGUUGAAAACCCCUAAACCUUCUGGCAGCGAGAGCUCACAAGUCUCACUGUUUCCAGAUAAAGGCAGCAAUCUGCAUCUCAGAACCGACACUGACGCAGUUUCCUACACCUGUUGGAUAAAAACAAGGCCAAAGGAAAUUGAUAACUCUUCCUGGACAUAACUUUCCUCUGACGUGGGACUGGGAGGACCCUUGAACCUGGCACACACGUCUGUGUUUGUCUUUGUUGACUGGGUUAUGGUCGUAGAGACGAUGGCCACCUGGGUUGUAAUGAGCUUACUGUAUAUUAAACAACCCCAAGGACUCAGCGGUUAAAGGUCAGCCAGCUUCUCCAGUCCCCGUUUCCUCGCGUAGGUGACGUGGCUCCGGAUUGGGUCUCAAGUUUGCCAGGACCGGGACAAUACAACAGACAAAGGUUCCUGAUUGGAUCCUAAUUUAGAAUGACUGAAUGGUUUACUGGUUGGUUUAGUAGACAUGAUCAAACUCAAUGCAUUACAUUAUGAUGUUUGGGUAUUAAAGCAAUGCUUGGGUAUUAUUACAUCGAUGCUUGGGUAUUAUUGAAGAGAUGCUUGGGUAUUAUUGAAGCGAUGCUUGGGUAUUAUUGAAGCGAUGCUUGGGUAUUAUUGAAGCGAUGCUUGGGUAUUAUUGAAGCGAUGCUUGGGUAUAAUUGAAGCGAUGCUUGGGUAUUAUUGAAGCGAUGCUUGGG